AUGGAGAUCCAGCAGUGAACAAGACAGGCACGAUCUAUUUCCUGAGAGGGAAACCUACAACUUUAUGGGGGAUAUAGAUGAACCAAAAAAAGGCAGUGUAGGAAAAUGAGGCUUAGGAUGUGGGAAAAAAAGGUGUUACGGUUAGCAUAUAGGAGAGGCAUCCAUGCAUAUUUGGAGGUAUUAGAGAAUAUUUUAUAGAGAAAGUGACGUUUACAGCAAGACCUGAAAUAUGAGCAGGAGUCAGCUAGCUGAAGAGCAGAGGAGAAGUGUCAAAGGCACAGGAAAUAGCAGGGGCCAAGUUUCAGAGGUAAGAGGUAUCUAUAGGCAACUGAAAGCAGUAAAGCACGGUGAGCUAUUGAAUAUGACAGGGUGAGGGGUGUAAGAGAAGCAGAGAAAGGAAAGCAGAUAGGCCAUGUUAGGGGUUUACGUUUCCUCCUAAGAGCUAUUGAGCGUUUUAAGCACAGGAGUGAUGUGAAUUACAUUAAAAAAUACGAACUUGGACUGUAGAGCAGAAAAUGUGUUCUAGAGGGCAAGGGUCACAGUGGAAAGACCUGUUAGGAGGCGGUGCCCAUAAUCCAAGUGAGAGGUGAUGGUGACCUGGCUUGGUUGGUUGUAUUGAGGAUGGAGAGAAGUGGAUAGAUGCAAAAGACAUUUAAUAGGGCAGUAGAAUGAAGAGAAUUUAAUGUGAUGGUGUGAGCCAUGUGCCAAGGAUCAGUCCUGUGCUGUUAGCAUGAGCAACAGUGAUGAGAAACAUUGAAGAGGAGGAACAGGAUUUGGGGUCGAGGAGUCAUAGAGUUGACUUUAGGCAUGUUAAAGGAAGGAAGCCUGCGAGCUAGCGAAAUGGAGGUGGUGGCCCGUAGGCACUUAGAUACCCAGCCUGUAACUCAGGGGACAGUUUGAAGUAAAGGUAAAGAAUUAAGAGUUUGAGAUAAAGAAGUGGGGCUGAGAGUCUCGAGGAACUCUUAGUAUUUAAUGUUUGCAUGGAGGAGGGGACACCAGAGGAGCUGCCUUGGGCAUAGAAGGAAAUGAGGAGGCGGGGUGUGCAGCAGGCCAAGUAAAGAGCAUGUUUUUUGUAGGAGGGUGUUAUCAACUGUUUUAAAUUUUCCUGAGAGUCUGAGAAGCUGAGGACUCAGAAUUAGUCCUUGGAUUUGGCAAUGUGGCAAUCAUUUGUAAUCUUUUACUGCAGCAGCUUUGGUAUACUGGGUGACAAAAGGGUAUAUUGAGGAGAGAGUGGUCAUGGGGGCACAAAAAAGGGUCACAGGGUUGGGUACCAUGAAGGUACUGUAACCGAAGCAAGAGUGGAGUAGUGGAAUGAUGUGGGAGAAAUCACGUUUGCAUGAAUAGAGGACUAAGAUGUAAGGAAAGUGAGAAAGCUUGUGUGACUUUUUUUUUUUUUUUUAAGAAGCUUAGUUUGGAAAGGGAAUAUUUAUUCAUUUAUUCAUAUACCGAAUUUGUUGGGUGUUUAUUAUGGGUCAGGCAGUGUACCACUUGCUGACGAAAAUGCACUGAAUAAAACAGACCAAACCUCUUUACUUCAUUUGCCCGAGUGAGGGAAUGAUGCCCAAGGGGAGAACCUGGAAGGCGUGAGGGGAAGGAAGAGCAGAGUGUCUGAGGGACAGUGAGUGUAAUUGAGGUGCAGUAAGAGUGAGAAGAAUAGGAAAUGAUGCCAGGAAAGUAGCUUUGGGGCCAGGGCACAUAGGGCCUUACAGGCUGUGAGUCUGACUUCACAUUUUAUUACUUAAAAUAAAUACAAUGAUGUGAAAUCCUUACAGGGUUUGGAGCAGCAGAAUGAUAUGAUUAAACUUUUAUCUUGAAAGUAUUUUUCUGGAUGCUGUAGGAGGGCAAGUGUUUCAGCAGGGAAGCCAGUUUGGAGGCUAUUGUAACAGUCCAGCCAAGAGAUGAUGAUUGUGUGGAUUAGGCUGGUAGCAGCAGAGGGAUGAGAAGCGGUAGAGGGUGUAUUUAUUUGCUGAUGAAUUCUCUGUGGGGGGUGAGAUGUAGGGAGUGGGAGAAUAAUCAGGGUAUUUUGGUUGGAUCCACUGAGUGAAUGCGAGGGUCAGUCACAGUGGAAAGAUCGUGAGGAGAGCAGAUUUGAGUGAGAACAAUCUAGAUUUUAGUUUUGGCCAUGCUAAGUUUUAGAGGCUUAUUCAUAUCCAAGGAGAUAUCUUAGUUGGAAACAUGAUUCUGGAGUGCAUUCAGGUGGUUGGAGAUAUAACUUGGCGGUCGUCAGCAUACAGAUGGUAGUUAAACUGGAGAAGAUAAAAUAGGGAGCGAGUGGAAUAAAGACCAGAAGAGGCCCAAGUAUUGACGUCAAGGGCACACCAACCUCUAGCGGUCAGGAAGAUGGGGCGCGUGCAGCAGAGAGGCCUGUGACGGGGCAGUGAUGCAGGAGGAAGCGCAGGAGGGUGGUGUUCAGAAGCCAGUGAAGAAAGUGUUGUGAGUCCAAAGGAAGAAGUACUACCUAGUGACGUGAAGAAACAAUUGACUUCAGUCUCCGAGGAGAUGAUAGAUCUGGCUAAGCAUCUUCCUGAUGCUUUCGUAAAACUGGAAAAUCCACAGAGGGUUUCUGUACUAUUGAAGGAUAUUUCAGAAAAUCUGUAUUCAUUGAGGAAGAUGAUACUUGGUUCUACUGAGAAUGAACUGAGGCCCAGCAGUAAUUUUGACUUAUUACCGUUGGAAGAGCCCACUGCUGGUGAAGUACAACAGAAACAAAUUAGGGAACAUAAAAUUUUUACUAAAGUUAAAGGUGAAGCAUGGGACACAACACCUGAUAAUUUAAUUAAACAUCAUGGAGAAAAUGUACUUGCAAAUGAAGUAAAACAAGAAGAAGAUGGAUUUGAAGAUGGACUAGAAGAUAAUAAGUUGGAAGAGACUCCAGAAAGAGUUUGUUUCAUGUCAUUAGAUAUUACAGAAGAUGAACUCCAACGUUUGGAACAACAGGCUCAGGAAAAACAUCUUGGUGAUAUUACUUGCAAAUCUCCUGAGGAUAACGAAGAGGAUAUAUCUUAUGUAAUUGAGAGUGAUGAAGAUUUAGAAAUGGAGAUGCUUAAGUCUUUAGAAAACCUAAAUAGUAGCACAGUAGAUCCAAAUCAUUCAAAAUGCAUAGAAAUGGAAAGAAAUCUGGGUCUUCCUUCUGAAGAAGAUGAUGAAGAUGAGAAUGAAGCUGUCGAAGAGGAAGAAGUUGUUGAUGAAGACUGUUGGUUACCAGGACCUACUGCAAAUCAAAUUAAUUGCCUCAAGACCUACUUUGGCCAUUCUAAUUUUAAGCCGGUUCAGUGGAAAGUGAUUCAUUCUGUAUUGGAAGAAAGAAGAGAUAAUGUUGUUGUGAUGGCAACUGGGUAUGGAAAGAGUUUGUGCUUCCAGUAUCCACCUGUUUAUGUAGGCGGGAUUGGCCUUGUCAUCUCUCCCCUUAUUUCUUUGAUGGAAGACCAAGUGCUCCAGCUUGAAAUGUCCAACAUUCCAGCUUGCUUUCUUGGAUCAGGACAGUCAAAAAAUGUUCUAGAGGAUAUUAAAUUAGGCAAAUACCGGAUUGUGUACAUAACUCCAGAAUUCUGUUCAAGUAACUUGGACCUACUCCAGCAACUGCAGGCUGAUAUUGGUAUCACACUUAUUGCUGUGGAUGAGGCUCACUGUAUUUCUGAGUGGGGACAUGAUUUUAGAAGUUCAUUUAGAACUUUGGGCUCCAUAAAGGCAGUACUCCCACGGGUUCCAAUUGUUGCACUGACUGCUACUGCAAGUUCUUCAAUCCGAGAAGACAUUGUACGUUGCUUAAAACUGACGGAUCCUCACAUUAUCUGUACUGGUUUUGAUCGACCAAACUUGUAUUUAGAAGUUGGACGAAAAACAGGAAACAUCCUUCAGGAUCUGAAGCAAUUUCUUGUCCAGAAGACAAGUUCUGCUUGGGAAUUUGAAGGUCCAGCUAUCAUCUACUGUCCUUCUAGAAGAAUGACAGAACGAGUUACAGCUGAACUUAAGAAACUGAAGUUAGCCUGUGGAACAUACCAUGCAGGACUGAGUAUUACCUUAAGGAAACAAGUUCAUCAUAGGUUCAUGAGAGAUGAAAUUCAGUGUGUAAUAGCUACCAUAGCUUUUGGAAUGGGCAUUAAUAAAGCUGACAUUCGCCAAGUCAUUCAUUACGGUGCUCCUAAGGAAAUGGAAUCAUAUUACCAGGAGAUUGGUAGAGCUGGCCGUGAUGGACUUCAAAGUUCUUGUCAUGUACUUUGGGCUCCAGGAGACAUUAACACAAAUAGGUGCCUCCUUAGUGAAAUAUGCAAUGAAAAGUUUCGAUUAUACAAAUUAAAGAUGAUGGCAAAGAUGGAGAAAUAUCUUUAUUCCAGAAGGUGUAGGCGACAACUCAUCUUGUCUCAUUUUGAAGACAAACAGCUACGAAAGGCCUCCUUGGGAAUUAUGGGAACUGAAAAAUGCUGUGAUAAUUGCAGGUCCAGAUUGGAUCGCUGCUUUUCCAUUGAUGACUCAGAUGAUAUGUCACAGGACUUUGGUCCACAAGCAUUCCAGCUCUUAUCUGCCGUGACCAUCUUAGGCGAAAAGUUUGGAAUUGGGGUUCCAAUUUUAUUUCUCCGAGGAUCUAACUCCCAGCGUCUUGAAGAUAAAUAUCGCAGUCACAGUUUCUUUGGCACUGGCAAGGAUCACACAGAGAAUUGGUGGAAGGUUUUUUCCCGUCAGCUCAUAACUGAGGGAUUCUUGGUAGAAGUUCCUGGGCACAGCAAAUUUGUAAAGAUUUGCACCCUUACAGAAAAGGGUAGAAAUUGGCUUGCUAAAGCCAAAACAGAAUCUCCUCAGAGCCUUAUCCUUCAAGCUAAUGAAGAAUUGUGUCCAAGGGAGUUUUUUCUACCAAGUUCUAAAGCUGUAUCUUCCAGCACUGAGCAACAUUCCUCUAAUCAAGUACCAAUUGAAUUAACUUCAGAGCAGUCCAGCCUGUAUAAGAUGUAUUCUUACAAAGCACAUGAUAAAAUUUCUUCUGGGAGUAACAUUCCUGAAAAAAGCAUCAUGGUGCCAUCACCAGGAAAAUAUUACAGGUCCUCAGAACCUGUUAUUUCAGCUGAAGAGCAGGAGACUCAGACUACAUUAUAUGGCAAAUUGAUGGAAGCUAGGCAGAAACAUGCCCAUAAAAUGAAUGUUCCUCCAGCUAUUCUGGCAACAAAUAGGAUACUGGUGGAUAUGGCCCAAAUGAGACCUACUACAGUUGAAAAUGUGAAAAGCAUCGAUGGUGUUUCUGAAGGCAAAGCUACAAUGUUGGCCCCUCUGUUGGAAGUCAUCAAACAUUUCUGUCAAAUAAAUAGUCUUCAGACAGACCUCUUUUCAAGUACAAAACCACAAGAAGAACAGAAGAAAAGUCUGGUGGUGAAAAAUAAAGCAAGCUCACUUUCACAGUCUGCAGCCAUCACAUAUUCUUUAUUCCAAGAAAAGAAAAUGUGUUUGAAGAGUGUAGCUGAGAACAGGAUUCUGCCUCUCACAGCAGUUGGCAUGCACUUGUCCCAAGCGGUGCAAGCUGGCUAUCCACUCGAUAUGGAGCGAGCAGGUCUGACUCCAGAGAUCCAGAAGAUUAUUGCUGAUGUUAUCCGAAACCCUCCCAUCAACUCAGAUACAAAUAAAAUUAAACUAAUUAGAAUGUAUGUUCCUGAAAACAUUGACACCUACCUUAUCUACAUGGCAACUGAGAUCCUGGAAAAAGACUGUGAUAACAGGAUGCUAUGCCAAUUUUCAUGUGAUUCCAACAAAAAGAGAUGUUUCCCCAACUCUGAAGAGAGCUGUUCAAAUUCUAAGAGAAGCAAGGAAGAAGUGGGCACUAAUACCAAGGUUGAUGGAAAACAUUCUUGUGAUUUUUCACUGAAAGAUGAGAGUCACGGAAAUUCACUAAAACUAAUAACUUCCUGGAAUCAGCCAUUCAGCGAUCCCCAAAUAGAAGAUUUCUUUGUAGAUUCUCUUUCACAGACUUCGUCAGAAACCUCAAAGAGAAAAUUACCUGGGUGGUUUGCCAAAGGAAAUGAGACCUUACCUGAUGCCAGCAAGAAAUCAAUGGCCAAAACUAAAAAGAAGGGUCUUUUUAGUUAAACUGGCAACUGCCAGAGGAAUUAUGUGUGUCUUGCUGUGUUAUAAGAGGGAAGCUGUAUUUCAUUUCUGAAAAGAGUGGGGAGUAAUAUUUUUGUUUAAAAAUUAUUGUAAUCUCAAAGUAAAACUCACCUAUUUAUUGAACAGCUGGUGUCUUAAAACAGCCUUGUGCAAUUCACAUAAAGUUGAGUCUUCUGAGAACCUGAGUGAGUACCUCAUAGAACAGAAUCUUAGUUUCCUAUGAGAUUGCUUUAAGAAAUCAUGUUACUGCCCUGUUUUCUAAUCUCUUUACUUACUUCAGCAGUAUGUUUGGAAUAUGUAAUGUGUGGUGAUUUAAUAUAGAUGACAGAUUAUCAGUUGUAAGUGAUCAUGUGUGUGAUAUGAAAUAUUCCUAUAUUACCAAAAUUCUGUCUUAUAAAUGAAGAACGUAUAGUUAUUUUACAAAUUGUUUUUUCUAUUGUUAGAAGAAACUCUUAUACACAUUUAAAAAUGAUAUUAGUGGCCCAGACCAGUGAAAAUGAAACAUUUCGGGUUCUUUGUAAAUAGAGGAAAGAAUAUAACAAAGAAGACCAAUUGUACUAGACAACUAUGCACUUCUUAUGUUUUAUAUGAUUUCUGUUAUUUUUCAAAUAAUAAUAAAAAGUCCUUAGUACUGAAUAUUAUAAAGAUAUGUAUUUUAAACUUUCAUAUACUGAACUACCUUGAGCACCUUUAAUUUUUUAUGUCAGAAUUUGAUUCUUAUAUCUCUUUAUAUAGCACAUAUAACUGAAAUAUACAAAACACAUACACUGAAUUGUGUAAAUCAUAGUUGAUAUAACUUUAAGCAGUUCACCAUAUGGCAUUUAAUUGACUUUUUUGUAAAUAAAAAUAACUGUCAUUAAUGAAGAAAUAUAUGUUUGCCGUAGAAGAAUUAGAAAAUCCAGAAAAGUGAAAAAAAAAAAAAUCACA